AUGAACGUGGGUCCUUUGCUAACUAUCCUGAUCACAAUGUCCGGGUUGCCUAAACGCAAAUAUCAGAAACUAGACUCUCCUCCGUCGAUGCAAAUGACAGAUAUUUCCGAGCGUUCGUCAGAAAAGGAUACCACACACGGGACUGCGGAUACGAGUUCACUGACGCAGCUGGAAACAGAUGAAUCCACCACGGAAUUCCGUGCAGCCAAAGGGCCCGAAGAAAAACGAAACCCGAAACUGGCAGGUCAAUCGAUUGAUCAGCUUUUUUCGGGUAGCUCUUCGUUCGAUCAGGACAACGGAUCGACCGAACACAUUUCAUCCCAGUUUCAGGAAGUGUUUCAUCGAAUGAGCAGUUCGCAAAGUGAAAGCUGGUUCACAGCCAGUUCGAUAAUGGAAGAAGUGAAUUCCAACAACACUCCGGAUAUGUCUACCCAAACCGAACCGAUCGGUGGUGGUCUGAUACGACCCAACCAACAAGACCAGUUUACUUCCACCACAACCGAUGUCCAACAGAGUGGGCGGACUGAAAGAACCCCAUCCGGCACGGUAUUACGAACAAGAAAACCGAGUAAAGUACACGGAUUAUCAAUGAGCGAGAUUGAGAUACCAGGCCCACCGGGACGCAGUUUUGUGCUCAGACCGCAUAAGAGCUCGUUAACAAAAGAACCCCACCGAUCACUGAUUGUGCCACAAAUCGAGAACCUCGAUCUCAAAUCCACUAGCCCCACCUCACCGGCGAAAAUAUUGCGAACUAAAUGGAAACGGUUAUUUGGUCAACGACGAUCUCCACCGACCAGUCCGACAACACAAACAGGCCACGACAAACCGCAACGUAUUCAACGCAGUCUCAGUCACCAUUCCACAAUUAUUGAGGUGUCUAACGAACCGUUGGCAUACGCAUGCAUGCCGAGAAAUGUGGUUUUAAUUCGAGAAAAAGAGAAACUGAUUGAUCAUUCGAUUCAAACAACACAAAGCGUGUGUGUUGAAGACAAUCAGAAAACUGUCCCAGAUACACAUUUAAGUCCGACCCAUGUAAAUUGUAGACCAUAUUCAGAUGGGCCAGAUGAAUAUGCUGGCAUUAAAUUUCCCAAAGCCAUCAUCACUGAAAAGAUGUCACAAUACCCGGUCAUAAUGGAAAAACCGCAAAUAUCAGCCACACGAAUUAGUCUUCCUUCGACACGCAGUUUGAUGAAUAUGGAACGUCGAGGCGAGUUCAGUCGAUCGGAAGGUCUUCGGACGAACAAAAUGUUUGUUCGUCAAACCAGUGACGCAACAGAUGCCAAUUCGAGUCAGGACCAUGCGACCAAUACGAACGACCUGGAACAACUGGACUCCUCGCAUGUGCCGGACGAGUAUAAAACCUCGUUCGAACGGGAACAAGAUGAUCCGGAAAAUCUCUUAGUACGAGAAGCUCACGUCGGAGCGUUGGCAUUGGCCUGGGCCAGUGGAACCAGAAAGUCCAGACGACAGGCAGAACGUGCGCAUUCGGAACACCAGGCCACAACAGCCACAACGGAAGAGAAUGGUUCAUCGUCCCGAAUUAGUAGUGCGUUUCGUUUGUACUCACAACGCAGAAAGUGUGAAACAGAGUAUAUGGAAUCCUCACGAGAUGCGAUGCGAAUCCUAGCCAAAUUUCGGACAGAUUCUACAAGAGACCGCAGUCUGAAAUCCUUGUUUAAACGGGAAUCUACACAGGAAUCUCACGAGUCGCAAGACGACGGACACGUCGUUGAAUCGGUUGUCCGAGGUCCGACAAAAGCCGCUCUCACUCCACUCUAUAUAAAAACCCCGGAACAUAUUUUGCACAAUGUGUCUGGUACAGCACAAUUCACAUCAACUUCAGACAGAACAUCAAAGGACCCUGUGGGUGAUGCCAAUUCCCCCAAGAAACAUAAUGGAUCGGAUCGAGGUCGGCGGUCUGCUUCAAGUGCCAAAUCCGCGAGAACCACAGCUGAACUUGUACAGAAUAAGCUAUUUUCAAAGCGACGUACCGGAUCCACACGCGCCUUGAACAUGUCU